CGUGGCCCCACCCGGAAGCGCAGCGCACCGCGGGCUGGCUACUUGCUGGGCGCGGAGAGCGGCGGAUCUGCAUUUGCAGGCCCAAGGAUGCUGUGCUGUUCCCUGAGCUGGUCAGAGGCUAGCUCCUUGGAAGCUCUGCUGUGUGCCUUGCCAAGGCUGAACUCACAGAUCUGACCUUUGCUCUUGCUUCCCCCUGGAAGAUGAAGUGUGUGUUGGUGGCCACUGAGGGCGCGGAGGUGCUCUUCUACUGGACAGAUGAGGAGUUUGAGGAGAACCUCAGGCUGAAGUUCAGGCAGUCAGAGAAUGAGGAGGAGGAGCUCCCUGCACUGGAGGACCAGCUCAGCACUCUCCUGGCCCCAGUCAUCAUCUCCUCCGUGACGAUGCUGGAGAAGCUCUCAGACACAUACACCUGCUUCUCAACAGAAAAUGGCAAACACCUCUAUGUCCUGCAUCUGUUUGGAGAGUGCCUGUUCAUUGCCAUCAAUGGAGACCACAGUGAGAGCGAGGGGGACCUCCGGAGGAAGCUGUGUGUGCUCAAGUACCUGUUCGAGGUGCACUUCGGGCUGGUGACGGUGGACAGCCAGCUCAUCCGGAAGGAACUUCGUCCCCCUGACCUGGACCAGCGUGCUCGGGUGUGGAAGCACUUUCAGAGACUGCUGGGGACCUACAGCCACCUGCGAGAACAGGAGCAGAGCUUCGCUGUAGAGGCUGUGGAGCGGCUGAUUCACCCCCAGCUCUGUGAGCUGAGCAUCGAGACGCUUGAGCGACAUGUGGUUCAGGCUGUCAACUCCAGCCCUGAGCGGGGCAGUGAGGAGGCCCUGCAUGCCUUCCUGCUUGUGCACUGUAAGCUGCUGGCUUUCUACUCCAGCCAUGGUGCGAGCACCCUGCGCCCAGCAGAUCUCCUGGCACUUAUCCUUCUGGUUCAGGACCUCCAUCCCACCCAAGACACCACAGAGGAGGAUGACAAUGAUGACAGCAGCCCUCAGUCUUUCCCCCAGAGGAGACCCCUGAGCAGCCAAAACAUCCCAGUGCAGCAGGCCAGGAGCCAGAGCACCUCAGGCCCCACGAGGAGCUCUGAGGAGACGGACACAGACAGCAUCUCCCUCCCUGAGGAGUACUUUACACCUGCUCCUUCCCCGGGCGAGCAGAGUUCAGGCAGCAUCCUCUGGCUGGAUGGUGGUACCCCACCCACGGAUAUUCCUCAGAUGGCUGAGGGCACCCUCCGAGGGCUGAUGCCACACUCCCCAGAACCUUCCAGCCCCCAGAGGAUCUUCCUGGAUGCCAAUGUGAAAGAAAACUACUGUCCCCUGGUGCCCCACACCAUGUACUGCCUGCCCUUGUGGCCAGGCAUUAACAUGGUGCUGCUGACCAAGAGUUCCAGCACUGCACUGGCCCUGGUCCUCUACCAACUGCUGGAUGGCUUCUCCCUACUGGAGAAAAAGCUGAAGGAGGGUCAGGAGCCUGGAAGCGCCCUGCGAUCCCAGCCCUUUGUUGGAGACCUGCGCCAGAAGAUGGACAAGUUUAUCAAGAAUCGCGUUGGACAGGAGAUUCAGAGCUCCUGGCUAGAGUUUAAGACCAAGGCCUUUUCCAGAAGUGAAGCAGGAUCAUCCUGGGAGCUACUCCAGGCCUGUGGAAAGCUGAAGCGACAACUGUGCACCAUCUACCGGCUGAGCUUCCUGGCCACCGCACCCAGCAGGGGAGGCCCACACCUGCCCCAGCACCUGCAGGACCAAGCCCAGAAACUCAUGAAGGAGCGACUGCUGGACUGGAAGGAUUUCCUGUUGGUGAAGAGCCGGAGGAAUGUCACCAUGGUGUCCUACCUGGAGGACUUCCCAGGCCUGGUCCACUUCAUCUACGUGGACCGUACAACUGGGCAGAUGGUGGCCCCUUCUCUCAGCAACAGUGAAAAGAUGUCUUCCGAGUUGGGAAAGGGGCCCCUGGCCGCCUUCGUCAAAGCCAAGGUCUGGGCUCUGGUGCGGCUGGCACGCAGGUACCUGCAGAAGGGCUGCACCACACUGCUGUUCCAGGAAGGGGACUUCCGCUGCUCCUACUUCCUGUGGUUCGAGAAUGACAUGGGCUACAAACUGCAGAUGAUUGAGGUGCCUGUCCUCUCAGAGGACUCAGUCCCCAUUGGAGUGCUGGGAGGCGACUACUACAGGAAGCUCCUGCGCUACUACAGCAAGAGCCGCCCCUCAGAACCUGUCAGGUGCUAUGAGCUACUGACCUUGCACCUGUCCGUCAUCCCCACAGACCUGCUGGUGCAGCAGGCCAGCCAGCUGGCCCGGCGCCUGGGGGAAGCCUCCCGGGUGACCCUGCCCUAGGCAGUAUGUGCUGUCCUCUGUCUGAUCUGUAAGCUGCCUUGCUUACAGGCAUUCCCAGCAGCUACGUCUUUUCCCAUCCAUCUCUGGCAGCCCUGGGCCCCUCAGAGGCCACCGUUGACUCCACACACACACCAUACACAGGAUAAUGAACAAGCCUUCUCUGAAGAGAGGGAAUGUUGUGCUUCUGUUGGCCUCCAGCACUGUGUGGUCAGAGGUGGCAGCAGCUUCUCAGGAGAUGCUGUCACCUAGUGCUCAGGCUGUGCCAAGUUACCCUCUCCCUGCCAUUCUGCAUGGGGAAGCUGUCUCCUACUCCAAAUGAAAGGUGCUCCCACCACUUGGGCAUCAUUCCAGCCUGGCUACCUCCCCCUGCAACUCUGGGAGAAUCCUGUUUCUUCCUGCUUGAACUGGUAACACCUACCUCUCAGGGUGGUCAGGAGGAUUGCCAAACAUGGAGUAGGUGCUCAAUAAAUGUUGGUUCUUUUCACCA